AUGACACCAAGUUCUUUGUCCCCGCAUUACGCGGCUCAAUCUCCUUCAGGACGUAAACCUGACUUGGUAGCGAAGGAGGUGCUGGAAUGGUGGCAAACCAACGGAAAGCACCCGUUCAUCCAGCCCCACAUCUCGUCACCGAGUAAUGUGGGUGCGAACUCGCCAGAGAACUUACCACUAGGUGAUAAGGUCCAGCUCAUUCGACUACCAGUAGCUUCACCGUCAGCCGUUAAAGAGUUCAGUCAGGUUAGCAGUGAAGAGCCAGCACAUCUCACCACAGGUGACGGAAUUUUGAAAUCCGGGUUGAGUUUUAUUGAAGAGGUUAUACUGUGA